AUGCCCCGCUCGCUCGCAGUGGCGCUCGACUUGCGCCCACUCUCGCCUGUCCCGUCCCCGACACUGGGGAGGGCCAGGUCGGGGGAGGGUUCUUCGCGCCUCGCACCCGUCGUCGCUCCCGCCCCUGGACUGAGCGACGAGAGUUUCUCUGAUACCGCGGAGGAUGGAAUGCACGAGCGCACGAGGCCGGACGGACAGCAAGUCGACCCCCUUCCUCCUUCUGCCUCGACCGCAACUUUCACCGAAGACGACUGGUUCCGCUUCCCCCGUCCGACGAAGGACAUGGCUCGUCGCUCCUUACCUCUCGUGGACAAUGUUGGGCGGAGGGAGAGGGCAGGAGCGAGGAGGGACGGGGAAAGGGACUUCAAGGUUGUUGGUGAAUGGAGGGUCGGGGAGAGUCUGGGAAAGGGAUCGAGCGGUCAAGUGCGGCUUUGCCGGAAUAUGAGGACGGGCGAGUUUGCCGCGAUCAAGAAGGUCGCUCGCUUGCCUCCCGACCACCGCGUACGUCUCGCACCUUCUCCUCUGACAGCCCCGCUCAUCUAUUCCCUCUGGCAGCAUGCGAACGACCUGUUGCGCGAAGUCACGGCAAUGAAGAUUGUCUCGCACCACCCGCACAUCCUCGAACUCCUCGACGUCUUCGAGACCGAUACCCACCACUACCUCGUCAUGGAGUACUGCCCGGACGGCGAGCUCUUCCACUACUUGCACGAGCACGUCCUCGCGCCUUUCCAGGUGCAGCAUGUCUUCGGCCAGCUCCUCAGCGCGCUCGUCCACCUCGCCCGCUUCCGCCUCUGCCACCGCGACAUCAAGCUCGAGAAUAUCCUCAUUCGCUCGGAUGUCGACGGCGACCUGCACGUCAAGCUCAUCGACUUCGGCAUGGUUGCGUAUCAGGGUGAAGGCGAGCUGUUGACCGAAAGUUGCGGAAGUCCGCACUAUGCUGCGCCUGAGGUCAUCAUCGGAAACGCAUACGACGGCUUUCUCGCCGACGUCUGGUCAGCCGGCGUUGUCCUCUUCGCCCUCCUCACUCGCUCCCUCCCCUUCGAUGCCGACAACGUCCCGACCGUGCUCGACAAAGUCAAGAAGGGUGAGUACGAGCUGCCCAAGUUCGUCGAUGGGCCUGCGGGCGACCUCGUAAAUCGUUGCUUGACGGUCACGCCCAGCGAGCGGAUCACGCUUCCCGGCAUUGUUGCACACCGCUAUUUCUCCAUCCUGCCGUCCGCGUCCAUCCCGCGCGCCGUUCCCUCGCUUCACCCGUCCGCCGUGCCUUUCGUCCCCUAUCACGCCUACGAACAAGACGCGCUCGAGCCUGAUAUUCUUGAGAACCUCGGGAUGCUCAUCAAGACUGGCCAGCUCGACAACCUGGUCCGCAGCAAUGAAGGCGAAGCUCGACUGUUCUACUCCAUCCUCCUCGCCUUCAAUCAGCCACACCUCGCUGUCACGCCCAACGCCUCGUCAUUGCCAUUCUUGCUCGGCGACCGACCGCUGUUCACUCCUUCCAACACCGAGGCUUCGCCUUCAACCCGUCGCUCGCUUUCCGCCCCCGACUCGUUCUACCAAGGCGCCCCCUCAAUCAUCAACGUCGACGCGACUGCCUUCACUAAAGUUUCGUCGCCUUCGACGAGGUCUUUGCAGGCGACAUCGACGCUCUCCCGCGAGCACGACGGGCCGCGCAACUCCUGGGGCCGGAUCAACCGCGAAUACGUCUUUCCGCCGCCGCCCAAGCCUGAGGGACCUGUCGAUACGCCAGCGCCGCCUGAAAAUGAGGAGCUAGUCAUCGCUGUCACCUCGGCACCACCGCAAAUCGAGUCCUUCGCGGUGCAGCCGCUUCCCUUUUCGCCGCUCGACCCGACUUUCGGUACGCGUCGACCGCCUCUCUCGCGCCGUCUGUCGCCAGACUCGUCGCACUCGGGCGAGACGCAGUCGAUGCCCUGCACGCCGGCAGUCAUUCCGCCCGACCCAGCUUUCCUCUCCGCCUCGUCCGCUGCGCCAGCUACUCUCGAUGCCGCUGCGCCAACGACGAAUGUCGUCCGUCCUCGGAUCUCGAUGCAUCAACGCCUUCGCAGCAUCUUCACCGGCCAGCAAAGCCAGCGUGCUUCACUUCUCGGUCCACCGGCCCGACUUGCGAAGGUCGAGCAGGAGAACAAGACUCGUCCGCCUGCUGUCCCCGCUCACCAGGCCCACGCCACACGACGCUCGCUGCAGAUCACUGCGCAGUCUAUCCCGCCGACGGAACCGACUUCAGCAGCUAUCAAGCCGACAGACGCCUCCCCGACCAGCCCGCCCGCCCCAUCGCCUUCCCGGCGUUCCAGCAUGCUCAAGCGUUCGAGCGCCUACACUUCCUUCGCGAGGGCGCUGAACGGCAGACCAGCCAAGUCGCCACCGAUCUCGCCAGAGCUGCGCGAGUUUGGCGAGUUGCUCGCUCGCGGCGCUCCCAGCUCCGCCGUUCCUCCCCAUCCCGCGAGCGGUCCGGUCGACAUCCCGUUGAUCUUCUCUCGACCCAUUGAGAUGGACCCGCCGCGUACGCGCCGACCUCUUGGCGACAUUACGAACGUCAAGCCGACUGACUCCGCAGCGACUCGCAUACUCCGCAAGGCUUCGUCGAACUUGCUGGGUCGAGGCAAGCCGCCGCGCACUUCUGUUAUCGAGCCCCGAGCCGCUGAGCAGGAUCGCCCUCGUCCUCCCUCCGCCGUCCCGACGCUCCUGGUCGACUCGGUCGAAGCUGCAGACCCGGAGCACCCGCUUGCCAUCCUCUCGUCGCUCGAGCAGUACCCGUUCCGCACCGCUUCCGGCUCGACGGCGUCGCGGCACUCGACUGGCGCCGGCGGUUGGCGUCGCACCUCCCUCAGCAUCCGCGUUCCGACCUACUCGACAGCGCCGACAAGCAUCCUUUCGCCUCGCGGUCCGCGCAUCGAUGGCGAAGACUACGAGCUCGACACACCAAGGCGCGACAGCUUCACUUCCGCCAUGUCCCGCCCUUUGAUGCUCGACGCCGGGACUGCCAGGACAAGCUGGGCACCCCCCUCGUCGUCCGCCUCGCACCGCUCUCUCCGUCGCAAGCAGCGUGACCUCGAGAUUGAGCUCAAGAAGGCCGAGCUGGAGAAUCGCAUCCUCCGCGCCGAACUCGAGGCCAAGGACGGCGAGCUCGACGUCCUCCGCAGGCGCGAGAAGAGCCUCUCGCUUUGCAUCGAGAGCGGGAACGAGGUUGUCAGGGAAUUGAGUGCGGAGAAGGAGGAGCUCGAAGAGGAGAUCCGCAGGUUGAGCUUCGACUCGAGGAGGAGAACAGCGAGUUCGUUCGGAGACCUCGGUCGCGAGGCUCAGGAGGACUGGCUCGGCGCAUCCCGUCACCUCUUCGCCGACGAGGACACCGCUUGA